AUCCGAGUCAUUUCUGCGAAUUCUGCUAGCUCUGAGCACCUGACCCGAGAUCUCCGACUCCGUCAUGAAAAGAAAACAGGAAAACCAGAAAUUAGCGACUUAUGUAGACAGUUUAUGAUAUGACUUGAACAUAAGAUUGGCCAUAAUUUGCUUAUGUGCCCACUUUUCUCUUUCAUGUGGAUAUUCCGUAUUUUUGAGCCUUCAAUCUAUCCUUCUUCGUCAUGUUCAAAUCCAGCGACGGACUCUUUAAGGGGGUGAAGUUCAAACGUCCUGGGCCGACGGGGGCGGCGUCUUCAACGAGAGCAGAGGCCAUAUCCAGCUGGGAGAACGAUUUGAGUGGGAGCGACGGUGAAGUCGCAGAAGCGAUUCCCAGUUUUGUCACAAGAACUUGCAGUUAUGAUGAGAGUUUUGAACAAGUGUUGCCAGAUCAUUGGCAACCAGUGAUCAGUAUUGGCGAGGAUGUAGAAAACACAAGAGGGCCUCCCCUUGAUCGGGAAAGAUUUGAACAUUUUUUUGACAGCGAAGGUCGUUUGGUGGAUGAGCAUGGAUUCAGGAAAGCUGUUUUUCGAGGUGGAAUUGAGGAAGAUGUGAGGAAAGAUGCGUGGAAGUUCCUCUUUGGUUAUUUUCCUUGCCAAUCAACUAAAAGGGAACGAGAAGCUCUAGAGUUGGAGUUUGCAUUUCGAUAUGAAGCCCUGAAGGCGCGCUGGAAGACGAUCCUUGCCCAUAGAGGGCUUACUACAGGGGAAGACGAGCAGCCAACCUCCCAUUCAGAUUCAUCUUCUUGCAAUGGAGCAUCGUCGUCACCGUCUACCUCUUCAUCAUCCUCCUCAUCAAUCCAAAGACUUUGUGAUGACGGUGAUGAUGAAAUCCAACAGAAGCUUGGCUUUGCCAGAUUUCAAGCCAAGAUUUAUGCGAGUCGUCAGCCGCUAGACGAGAAUGAUCUUGAUCAAAUCAAGAAGAACCUCAGGAUAAUAGACAAAGACGUCCCAAGGACAGACAGAGAUCUAGAUUUCUUCAGGGGGCAGGGAAAUCCAAACCUGGAAAAACUCAGGAAUAUUCUUGUUACCUUUGCAGUCUUUCAUCCAACUGUGACCUAUGCCCAGGGUAUGAACAAUGUCCUCAGAAUGAUAUGUAUCAUAUUUCUUCUCAUAGCUGUGACCUAUGCCCAGGGUAUGAAUGAUGUCCUCAGUAGGUUUCUGGUUGUCAUGGAGAACGAGACAGAGGCAUACUGGUGUUUCACUCUCUACCUGGAGAAGGUCGUAGAUGACUUCCUCGAAACGGGCAUGAUCAAGAAACUAGAAUCCCUUAAGAGAUUACUAGAAGAGAUUGAUGAGCCACUGCUGAAACACCUCUCACAGUGUGACAUGGGAGAUCUCAUGUUCUGUCAUAGAUGGCUGCUGUUAUGUUUCAAGCGUGAGUUUGAGUUCAGUCAGUGUCUGAGGAUCUUUGAAAUAAUCAGCAGUGAUCAUCUAGAGCUGUGUUCUCUGGAUGCAGAGAGAGAGCGAGACAAGGAGAGAGCAAGGGAAUUCCAGAAAACAGACGGUGUGAGUAGAUCAGCACCGGGAUCGAUAUCCACUGAAUACACCUUUGAGCUCUUUGUUUGUGUGACGAUCCUCCAUGAGUACAGGAACCAACUUAGGCAGUGUGAUGAUGCAGCAAGCAUCUUUCAAAUGGUCAAUGGAUUGGCCCAGAAAUUAGACCUUGUCGAUGUCCUUGCAAAGGCAGAGAGUCUUCUCUUAAGUUACUGCCGGAAGUCGGUUUCAUCUGAAAGUACUUUUGCGCUUAUCGAAUGAAAAGUUGCAAGCCUAUCAACUCACACAAUACAGCUGACAAAACAGGCCUUGUUAUAGCGUAUCAUGUUUGACUGAAAUACUGCUAGUACAUGUAUUAUCACCCAGAGUGUGCAUGUAUCAUUGGUAAAUUUAUAAUUGGUCUACACUGGAUUUUGUCUCAACUGCAUAGCAGAGUGAGACGAUAGGUGCCGCUUUUUCGACAGCGGCGUCAGCACCAAAUCUUAACCGAAGGUUAAGUUUUUGAAAUGUCAUCAUAACUUAGAAAAUAUAUGGACCUAGUUCAUGAA